CCCAGCCAGCCUCCAUCAGCGCCGCUCAGCUCUCUUGAAAACACAACAGCAAAUACAAGCCCAAGGGAGGCAGGUGGGUGACUGGACAGGCGGUGCUCCGUUUCCUGUUUGGAUGCCAUGAGUUCCACAGCAAGGAAGGGGUGCGCUGCUGGUAAAUCUUAUGCCCCGGCACACUCGUGGCAGCUUCCACAGAUCAUCAUUGUGGACGUCAAGCCACCCUUUUGGGCCAACACCUGCUCUAAACUUUGUGAAGCCCUUGAAAACUUCUUUUGUCUGGCAUGUAGUCUGGCAGGUUCCUGUCGCAUCCCACUGCUGAGCCUCUAUGUGGUGCAGAACCAGCAUGAGUGCCUGCUUCCCUUUGUGCAAGUAAAAGGGAGCUUUCCUCGGCUGCAGACCUGCAUUUCAGAACUGCGCUCUUUACCUAGAGAAGGAACUUUCCAACAAAAGGGGGACAAUGUGAUGCAAGCUGUGCAGGACGGCCUCCAGCAAUUUAAACAGUACACCAGACAUAUGCCACCAGCAGGCUCAGCAAACCGUUCUGUUGAGAUUACAGUUUUGACUAGUCAGCCAGGCAAAGAUGUGGUGAAACAAUUGGAAGCGGGGCUGAGAGAGAUAGACCUGGUGAGUCUGCGGAAACUGCAGAUCGUAGAGAUCUCAUCUGGAGACUUGCUGGAGUCAGCGAAUGUGGAGUGGUGCAUGCGCGCGGAGCCAGAGCUCAGCAGUGAUGACAGUGUGAUCCUGGGGAUGGACAUCGACCUUCAAACCAUAGGGAAUGAUGUUGUCAGCAUGGAGACUUUCUUUAAAACCUGGCUUCAGGAUCGUGGCACAGACAGAGAGCAGCUCCAUCUCCUGCUUCCCUCGGGAGGCUUCCGUCACGUCACUGCCCCCAGGACAAAUCUAACAUGUGUGAAAUGUGAUAUUCAGGAGAGACUGCUUAGCCCAGCUCUGCUUCCUGGGGCAGCUGAUGUCACAGUGAGAACAGAUGAUGCCAGCCCACCAUACCAGAUGGCAGCCUGUCCAGCUACAACACUGUCUAAACUCCAAGUCACAAAGGCUCUGAAGUCUGAAGGGGUUUGUGAAUCAGUGCUCUUUGGGCUUCCCUUCAUCAUUAAACCUACGAGUUGUUGGAAGCUAGAUUGGGAUGAACUGGAGACGAACCAGCACAACUUCCAUGCUCUGUGUCACAGCUUGCUGAAAAGGAACUGGAUACUUUUAGCCAAGCGUGAGCCGCAGAGCGUAGGCCCAAGCUGGAGCAUCACAGUGAAUUCCCACUACGUCAUCAUACCCUCCGACUCCUCCACGCUACUCGUCAAAGCCAUUGCAGUCAGAGAACUCCUGCUGCCAUGCAGUGUUCCAGCCCUCCCUUCUGGCCCUCCAGAGACCGCGCUCAGAACCAUAGAGAGUGCCUUGAACAGUCUGGACGUGGAACCUAGAUACAACCCCCUCCACGUGAACAGUCACCUCUACAAAUACCUGAGGAGCGGGCUCUCCAGAGCCCCGGGCCGGCAGCAGGCCCAGCCCAAGGAGCAUCGCCCAGGAGAGCGCCGUCACUCCAGACAGCACCAGAGCAAAGCUAAGGCCACGGUGGCUCCCCUUCUGCUGGCUCCCCCGCCACCCAGCGCCUCUGCGGGGAGGAAGGACGCCUGUGAGCUCUCACUCUUCUCCGGCGAGGACAGUGAAUUCCUGGGGGCAAUGUAAGGACCAGGGCCUUUCUCUGCUACAGGCCCAAGUGUUGAGACACCCAGUUCAUGUCACUGCGUGCUCCCAGCUCAGCCUGUUGCUGGGCUCAUUGCUUGCAGGCCCCCCAGGUGCCAGCAAGGACAAGGUCAGGCAAGUGCUGGGCUGCUUGGCCUUGCUGUCCAUGGGGCGUCUCCCCCUUCACUUGCUAUUUGUCUAGUUGUGUUAGUUGUUGGGAGUCUCCAAGGAGCCUGCUCCCCAGGUGCCCCUCUCCGGCCAGCAGACCCAUUGCUACCCCACAUGGCACUUCCCAUUGGUGUUAAGUGUGGCAAGCGCAUCCCCAAAGCCACGGCCCAGGGAUUGCAUUCUAUCAAGAGGCGAGCGGUGUCCACAGGGCUCCGUGCAAAGGCCUGGGCCUGGACACAGGCAGCAUCAGGGCUGGUCCCUGCACAGGCUCCAAUACCGAACCACUGGCACCCCGCCCAAGCAGGCUGCCGGAGUGAAAUGGGUUCCAAGUUCAUCUGAGGUCCCCUGAGUUCCAUGCAGCCCCGCAGCUUGCUGCAGUGGUGCACACAGCCAGUGGCAGGCUCCCCAGUGCAGCACCAUGAUCAGAGGCACUGCCCUAGCCCCCGGGACUAUCACCCUGCUCCCUGGCCACUCCAGCUGGGAGCUCUGGGCCUGCCCUGCAGACAGUGUUGGAACCACAGCCGACAAGUAGUCACCUCCCUGCACAGAACUCUGGCUCUGGGGCCAAAGGGAGGGUGUGGGGCUUCCUUGAGAGCAUCUCCCCCGUACAGGACUCGGGCCAGGCUCCCCAGAAUCAGCGCAGGGGCGAGUGAGCUGGCCCUGCCAGAGCAGGUGCUGCGGAGAGUGCAAAUCCCAGGCCUGGCAGCAAGAUAGCCAGAGCUUGGUCUGCAAAGUGGUUUCCAGUUAGGGCCUUACUGGGGUUCCUCGCGUGGCCUCGUGAGCUCCUGGAGUAGCCAGGGCGGUACCCAGCCAGGGUAGGUCGCUGCCUCCCACAUGUUAUGGUUCAACAAUAAAAUGAUUUCGCAUGACACCUGCGCUCCCAGCAAUUGACCAUUCCCAGCCUGUCGAGCUCCCCCCUUGUCCUUGCGCCCUCACCUGAUUGGCUCGUGCAGUGCCAGGCCCACAGGGAGCUGAGAUGCCAGGGCGUGCCGUGGAGCAGUGAUGGCUCUGCAGUAGCGGGCGUUGCUGGCCGUCAGGCUGGGGAAAAGCAGGUGCUGCAGGGCGGGGCACCUUGGACACAAGCAGCCAGGUGGAAUUGUCUCCUCUAGGCAUGAGCCCGAGCUGUUCCAUCACAGGAGCAGGUGGGCCAGUCCCUCGGCCGGCCCCACCCAGGCAGAAGCGAGAGUGUUCCUAGGGCGAGGACCUGACGUUGUAACAGCCCCCCACUAAACACAGCAAAGGCCAUGGCCUGGGUACUGCAUGGCACUGGCUGCCAGAGGCUGCGCCCCCCAACCAAACACCAUUGCAAGGAUGCGAUCGUGUCGCUCCCUUCCAACUGGCAGGUGGGCGCCCUACAUCAGCUGCUUUCCCCCUUUCAAACUCUGCGCUGCUGUGACCCGCCUCCUUCAGCUCGUCCCACUGCCAGCUCCUAGAGCCCUCAGCCCCUCCACUAAAUUGCCUGCUCAGGGCAGGCCCGUGGACGGCUCGCAGGGCUGUGGCUGUGCCAGCUACAGUGGGGCAUGAACAGGAACAGCCUGCGGCGGGAGGCUGAAAUCCAACGCCCACAAAGACAGCCUGGGGGGCAGGGCAUGGCAGCAGCACUGUGGGGAAGGGGCAGGCAGUCGUGGAGUCAGCAAGGCAAUGCUGUUGCAAAGGCCUGGUGCACAGAUCAGAGGCAGCAAUGGUCUCUGCUCCACUCGGCCCUGGCAAGGCCUCAGCCCAAAUGCAAGUGCCAGUUUGGUCACUAACGUGUAGAGUGGAGCUAGAGCAAUUGGAAAGAAUCUGCAGGUAUGUGAGAAAAGCGACUCGAGGGACGGAAAGCGAGCCACACGAGCAAGGGCUGAGGGAACUGAGUAUGGGCUGUUUGGAAAAGAGGAGAUUAAGGGGCAGACGUGACAGUGGUCUUCAGAUACUGACUAGGCUGCCAUAAAACAUGGGAAAAGUGAUUCCCUUGCACAGAGGGCAGGAGAGGAGGCCAAAGGUUCAAACUACAGCAGAGCAGAUUCAGGUUAAAGCACCCUACCGUAAGCACAGCGGGGCUCACAGGCUGUCUGGGGAGGGCGUGGAAGCUCCUUCACUGGAGGUUUUCCAAAUGAGGCUAGAACCUUCUGUCUGGGGUGGGUCAGACUGUAACUCCUGCGUCGUGGUUACACCGGAGGAGCCUUGCAGUCCCUUCUGACCCUGCGCUUCUGUGACUCUAGGAGCUCCAGAGGCCCACGUGCAACCAGCUGCCCAGUGGUCACUUCAGGCCCAACCGCCCAUACAGGCAUGCUGGGACACAGCAGCCCUCCCUGCAGGGUUCAUACGGAGCA